CUAAAUCCCAUGAGCGGCUACUUCUCGUACGGCGGCGGGGGCGGGGGCGGGGGCGGCUACCCGCCCUACCCGGGCGGUCCCCCGGGCGGGGUGCAGCCCUCUGCACCCGCUGACACCCCUCAGUACGCCACGCGCGGCCAGCCGGCACCCGUCGGCUUCAACGUCACUCUGGAUCAGCCAUCAGGAUAUCCGCCGUACCCUGGAGCUCAGCCUGGAUAUCCCAACUCACAGCCAGGAUAUCCUAACUCACAGCCAGGAUAUCCUAACUCAAAGCCAGGAUAUCCCAACCCACAGUCAGGAUAUCCUAGCUCACAGCCCGGAUAUCCUAGCUGA